GAUUUCUUCAGCUUCACGAUGAGGAAUUGAUGUCACUUUCAUCUGGCUCUCUCCCCCUCUUGAGUCUUGACUAGUCUCCCGAGCAUUCCUUUACAACCACGGAACCACCACCACCAUUCAUGUCUUCCUCAUCCCCCUCUCUCCUCCACUUCUCUCUUUUCUUCCUCCUCCUCCACCAACCUCUCUCUGCCUCAUUAACCCUCCCCAAAUCCACCCUCUUCAGACCAAACCUCAUCUCUGAGCCCACUCCCUCCACCACCGACACCCCCAUCACCACCUACUUCGAAGUCACCAAACCCAUCGAAGUCCCCCACACCAAACCCUGCUCCUACCUCCUCCUCCGCCACGAUUUCGCCUACACUUACUCAAAACCCCCAGUUCUUGCCAAUUACACCCCUCCUUCCGAUUGCCCAUCUCAAGAUUUCGCCAAGAUCGUACUCGAGUGGACAGCAACGUCCAAAGGCAGGCAAUUUGACCGGAUUUUCGGGGUUUGGCUCGGCGGCGUGGAGCUCCUCCGCAGCUGCACUGCGGAGCCGAGGUCCACCGGGACAAUAUGGACCGUCCAAAAGGACAUCACGAGGUAUUACUCGUUGCUCAUGACCAAUCAAACCCUAGCUGUUUAUCUUGGAAAUUUGGUUGAUAGUACUUACACUGGUGUUUACCAUGUUGACAUAUCAGACCACUUCCAUCCUGCUGCAGUGGGUUUGAGUUACGAUGAGGCUAAUUUAGGUAAUUCUGCUGAUUUGAUCUUACCUGUUUCGCGAAAUCUGACGUUGAAUGAUGGGUUGUGGUUUGAAAUCGAGAACUCGACGGAUGUAGAGUCGAAGAAGUUUGAGAUUCCUCGGAAUGCUUAUAGGGCUUUGUUGGAGGUUUAUGUCUCAUUUCAUGAGAACGAUGAAUCUUGGUAUACGAAUUUGCUGAAUGAGUACAUUAGCGCGAAUAAUCUCACGGGUACAGCGGGGAAUGGGGCUUUUAGGGAGGUUGUGGUUAGAUUGGAUGGUACAUUAGUUGGUGCAGUUUGGCCUUUUACUGUGAUAUAUACUGGAGGGGUCAAUCCCCUCCUCUGGAGACCGAUUACCGGAAUUGGUUCUUUCAAUCUCCCUUCUUAUGAUAUUGAAAUCACGCCGUUUUUGGGAAGCAUAGUUGAUGGAAAGAUCCAUGAGUUCACAUUUAGCGUAACCAAUGCGUUGAAUGUGUGGUACAUAGAUGCCAAUUUGCACGUGUGGUUAGACAAGACGGGCAUGGAAACUGAAGGACAGCUUUUGAGUCACACUAGUUUGGAACCCGUAAUUUCUUUGGUAUCAAAUUUUACAGGUCCGAAUGGAAAUAUUUUGAUCAGUUCUAGUAGGUCUGUAUCAUCAAUUGGAUGGGUGAAGUCAUCCCUCGGGAACAUCACGACCAACGUAACUCAAACGUUCAACUUCAGCAACUUUAUGGUGAUGGGGAAUCAUGGGAAUUUGCAGAUCGUGAAUCAGAUAAUUGAUUUCAAUAACAGUGUUCAUGCGCUGAUGCCUACUUCUACUCACUCAAUCGAAUCAUUUAAAAGGUUUCUCCUUUACCUUUACUCCAACUCUGUGGACCAAGGAAACGACACUUCCAAUGUUGUAACGAACCUAACGUUGGGUUUCAGCGAGGAGAGAGUGGAGGCUGCUGGUUUUGGAUUCUUGGUGAGUAGUCUAAAAAAUUUGCAGAAUGCACAGGGUAUCAUGCUGGUGAAGGGGAACUUGGUGGUCAGUGGAAUAGGAAGUACACAGCAAGCAUACCAAUAUGAUGGCAGCAAAUUCUGCUAUUUUAGAACUGUGAGCAGCUCAAACUAUUCAAUUCUUUACGAUAAGGUUGGCAAUACUUGCAGCAAAAAUUUUCGACCUCGUGUGGUUUUUGGACUUGCCAAAUAGUUGCCUUUCUCUGCUCACAGUCUCUCCCCUUCCUUACUUUACCUCAGUCUCUCCCUCUUCCCUUCCAUCCCCUUUUUUUGUUCCUCCUCGAUUUCUCCUUUCUCCGGCGAGAUCCCACGGCUCCAUUGCUAGAUGGUUCUAGUUUGCCUAGCGGUUGUGUAUCUUGUCGUGAAAGAUAAUCGUGGGGGCUGCCGCUUCUCCGGUGUGUCGCCGCCGCUUGCUUCUGUGGCGUGGUGGUGCUCUGUGGGCCUUUUCCGGCGUGUUCCCGCUGACAACACUCUUGGGUGUUUGCUAGAUCUGGCCUAAUGGCAUUGUGGAGCUCUUCGAGACAUGGAGAUCGUUGUGGGUUUUCUUCUCCAAUGGAUCGAUGCACCAGUUUGGUGAUGUGGUUCGGUGGCAUUGUGGCUGCAGUUGGAGGUGGUUCCGGUGCGGCGGCGGCUGUGGUUGAUCGGAGGUGACAGCGGCAUGUGGCUCUGUGGGUAGUGUAGGGUUUCUUUUUGUUUGCAUUUAGGGCUUUCUUUUUGUUUCUGGGCCCCUUGGUCAAGUUUUGCACACAUUGCUGAUUGCAAGAGACACCUGAGGCUUGUGUAACUUCAUGUUGUUGCUGCCUUCCAUUGAAUCAUUAUUGCUUGCCCUAGAAAUGGAUUAUCUAGUUUUUCA